AUGUCGGACCCAAUCGCUAAAGCGCAAGCUCAUGUGAACAAAGCAUGGCGCGCGGUUGAUUCUGCUCUAUGUAUCCUUGAGCACCUGGAGCAGAAGCGGACCACUCAUGCGGUCACGGAGAAUGAGGUUGCGGAGCAGAACCGCAUCUACGAGUGGACUCGACAGAAUGCGGAGAGGGCCAAAGCCAACUUGACUGCUAUUCACCACAGCACGAUUGAGCUCAAUGCUGCGCGCUUGAAGAGAGACUCGUCAUGGCGUGAUCACGAACUUCCGACCACAGCAACCGCGGAAUGGCGAAUUGCUAAGAAAAUGCAUGCCCUUCAGGAGGCCAUAUCAAAGGCGUUCUGCGAAGAUCCCCUUCCAGGAUCACAGCCACCGUCUCCGCCUGCGCGUGAAGCAGAUCCGUAUAGGCAUAUCUGGAGAAAGCUCGAGGUUGCUCGACAAAACGAGUCGAAGGCCAAGCAGAAGCUCGAGGAAGCGCGCGCAACUCUAAGCGGCCAGGAAUCCAGAGUUAAUGAGCUCAAGAAUCAGAUUGAUGAUUUGUUUGAAGUUUCUGAUACAAAUGAGAAUGCGCCAGUGUUGAUGUUGCUACGUGGGCAAUUUUUCGAAGCGCAUAUCAAGGCCCAAGAGACCAGAAUCCGCAGCGUUGGCUUACAACACUCGCUGCUUUCUCUCGCGAAAAGAACAGUCGAAGCGGAAACUAUAGUUGAGGCAGAGAAGAAGAGAGAAAAAGAGGAGGCACAGCGCAAGGAGGCUGAAAUAGUUGAGGCAGAGAAGAAGAGAAGCAGGGAGGAGGCACAGCGCAAGGAGGAUGAAUUGCGGCAGAAGGCUGAAACAAAGCCGGAGAACGAAGAGACCGAGCGAAGCAGAAUGGGAGGAGAUCGUCCCAAAGCUCAAGCGGACAUGGUCGACAUGUUCGCCAAUCUCAAUUUGAAGCAUGAGGAGAAGUGGGCGGYGAAAGCGAGGGGCAGAAUCGCUCGGAAGCAGGCAGACAAGACGCGCCAGAAGAUCGCCGACAGACUCGCUCGACAGCAGGCAGAGACGAAGCGUCGAGAAGAAGAAAAGGCGGAGGCUGAAAAGGCCAAGCAAAAGGCCGAAGAAGCUCAACGCGAGGCACAUCUCGCCGAAGAGCAGGCAAGAAUCCGCGCAGUUCUGGAGAAGCUCGCGAAAGAGCAGGCUGAGCAGGAGAAGAAAGCUGAGCAGGAGAAGAAGAAAGCUGAGCAGGAGAGGGAGAAGAAAAAGGCCGUGCGGGAGAAGCAGAAGGCCGAGCAGGAGAGGAAGGCGAAGGCCGAGCAGGAGAGAGCCAAGCCGAAGCCAGAGCAGACCAUCGCACAAUGGCGUGCCACCACGGAACUGCUCUUUGCCGACUACUCGAAGAUGCAGAUCUUCCCACAGCCCCCCACACGCCGAUGCGGCAAUACACGAUGUACGAACGUCCCUCGAAGUCUUCGCGCAUGCAGUCACAGCAUCGAGGACGCAUUCCGAAGGACCUCGAACCUCGACGUGAAGAAGGAGAGACUUCGCUGGCAUCCGGACCGCUUCUCUUCAUGCCCAGAGCAGCAUCGCGGGGUCUUUCAGAAGAUGGCGCAGGAGGUGUUUGUUGUGUUGGAGGAGAUGUAUCAGAAGCGUUGA